AUGCCGCGCGCGGGGGCGGGGGAAGGGGCGGACGCCGCCGACGUCCUCGCGCGGCUCGGCGCGCGCGCGGAGGCGGCGUGGUGGACGCGCGAAGGCGCGAGUGAUGGAUUCGCGCGCGCGUUCGAUCGCGACGGCGUGCUCGCGCGCGCGGGCGUCUCGACGUCGGCGACUCGGACGGACAGUCGCGGUGCGCGGUGCGUGAAGUUGGCGGCGCACUUGGGGGCGACGCCGAGGGGUGAUGGGACGGUGCGGGUGACGGCGACGCGUUCGCGGGGCGACGCGGCGCGCGGGACGCGGGACGGGACGACGGCGACGACGACGACGAAGCGAGCGAGAGGGAAUGAUGACGCGCGAUCGUUCAAGUUCAGUGGACGACCGGGGGACGGGACGAGCGCGUUCGUGGAGGUUGGUCGGGAGGCGUUCGAGGCGUACGUGCGCGGCGACGCGCGCGCGGAGUGGUACGCGGCGCAAGUGGACGUCGCGUGGGACCCCGUGUCCGAGGCGUGGGGACGGACGGGGGCGUACCUACGCGAGAGGGGGGUGAGCGUGAAGUGUUGGAUCAACGGACGAGACCGGGUGGAGACGAAUUGGCAUUACGAUAACUACGAUAAUUUGCUCGUCGUGCUGGAGGGCGAGAAGACGAUUACUCUGCAGCCUCCUGCGAUUGCGCCGGGACAGGAGGGCGUCGAGUUGUACGCCGCGGGGACAGACAUGUCAAAUCACGCGUUACCGACCUAUCCAGUGAAUCCUCGCACGAGAUCGCGAGAUCACCGUCCAUUGAACUCAGCGGCGGAGCGCGAGUCGGAAGAAUUGAAGAAAUCGCACGUGCGAACAGUGUCGAUCUCGGCGGGUGAAGCCAUUUUUAUUCCGAGUGGAUGGCUCCAUCACGUCACGUCAGAGCCGCACACUGUCGCGCUGAGUCACUGGUGGACUUCUGAUUUCAACAAGACGCUCGAGCCAACUGCGUUCUACUCGGAUGACUACGACGAGAGCGCUCUUUUCUCCGCCGAUAAGCGCACAAAAUUUGAUUACAACGUGGUCGGCGACGCGACACUUUUCGACGGCGUACUGGGAAAGCAGAAUACUUAUUACUUUCGUCGAGCAUUUGAAGCGGCGCUUGAGGUGGACAUACGUAACGAAGCCGAAAUGUACGCUCGCGGUGAGAGACUCCCAGAGUCGCCGACACCUGCAGGUCCGAGCGCGGGAGACGAGGACGCGAGGCGGGAAGACUGUGACUUUUCCCGGAUGAAUGACAUAGAAAAUCUCACGAAGAGCAAAAUGUGGAAGCUGUUGACGGACAUUCGCCAGAAUCGUACACGCGACCGCGGACUCGGUUGGUUAUGGACCAUCACUCCGCCAGAUGUACGUAGACUUUUUAGCGAGAGUGACGAAUGUUUCAGUCUCGUCACGCUGCUCCAGAACGCCAAAGAAGAUGCGUACGGCGGUAGUUACGAACUCGCACAUAGUGUUGAUCUGAUUUGGCGCGCGAUCGAGCGAAAUUUAACGCCUCGCGACUCGGACGAGGCGUCGGCGCAGGAACAAUGGAAUAGAUUCUACAAUCUCAUGGUGCGCGGAUCUCCCUGGUACGACGGUUGGGCCGCCAAAUGGAAGUUCAACGAAGAGAGACACCGACUUAACGUUGAGAAAUUCUUCACGCCGAUCGGCCGGUGCGCUGUUCCGGAACCGCACGCGUUCUCGCCGUACCGAAUGGACACGCGCGACGACGUCGUGCGCGCGUUGCUUCACAACCAACGUCUCGCCUUGGCGCACAGAGCCGAGCGAUUACUUCGCGCCACGCUCGACGACGCGUACGACGUCAACAUCAGAUUUCGAGAUUCGACCGAGGUGUGA